AUGGGACAAAAGACAUCAAUUAACACAUACAAGAAAACACUGCAGUUAACACAAGAAAACACUGCAGUUAACCUAAUGAUCAGACUACCUUCUCCAGUGUUUUCAAAAGCAAAAAUGGCAUCUAAGUCUGUUCAUUCAUUUAUUAGUGAGGUGUACCCAGACCUGUUGGUCUGGGUCAAUAAAGAGCCAUUUCCAAACAACAUGGAGGGAAGGCUUCACAAGGGGAGACUUCCUGUCCCCAAAGAAGUGAAUCGGAAGAAGGGUGAAGAGAAUGCGGCUGCCUGCUUGACUCCACUUGGCAACAGUGAACUCCUUCCCCAGAGAAUCAAUUACCUCUAUUCUUUUUAA